GUUAAAUUACACAGAGAUCAGUAACAAGUCAGCAUGUCUGAGAUCUUAAACUUUGUCUUCUUCCUCUUCAUUAUAUUUUUUACGACAGCUACAAAUAUUCAUAGUGAUACUGCACUACAAUUGACUCGCAGCGAGAGAUUUUUUCCAUUAUUUAGUGUCGUGAGAUUUGCAAAUUCCGAGUGCUCAGGCACAAAUUCAUUCAACGGAACCUGUUUUACGCGGAAAGAAUGUUACAAUUAUAAAGGAACAGCAUCCGGUACUUGUGCUAAUGGACUUGGAACCUGUUGUACUUUUAAAAAAGAAUGCGGAUCAGUAACAACUUUAAAUAACACAUAUUUUGUAAACCCUGGAUACUAUUCAAGCUACGAAGGUGGUGAAAGAUGUACAAUAACUGUUUAUCGUUGCAAUUCAGACGUCUGUCAGCUGCGUAUUGAUUUCAUGGAAUUUAAUUUAGCCCAGCCAAAUGCCAGUGGUGUUUGCGAUAAUGAUUUUCUUUUAAUAUCCGGCAGCGCAUCAACAGUACCACGAAUUUGCGGGGAAAAUAAUAAUCAGCAUGUUUAUGUUGACUUCAAUGGAGCGAAUCCAAUAACAAUAUCAGUAGAUACCAACACAGAUUAUGCAUUUUCUCGUAAAUGGAACUUGAGAUUACGGCAAAUAGCUUGCGACUCACCAUGGCGAGCUCCAAAUGGAUGCCUUCAGUAUUACAAAACAAUAACUGGUACGGUGACUAGCUUUAAUUACGGAACUACAACUAAUUCUCGAGUUUCGACGCCGCUUCUCAUUCCUGGUACGCGACAAAUGCAGAAUUUAAAUUACGGAGUAUGUAUUAGAAUGGCGCAAGGAUACUGUACUAUCGAGUGGUCGCAAUCUGAUACAUUAUCUUUCACCGUCUCCGGUGACUCUGGUAUUCUUGAUGGUACACCAGGUAUCGAUUACUCAGUAUCAGGUGAAUUAUGCACACAUAAUUUUGUUAUCGUACCAAAUCCAUCAGCAAAUGGCUCACGUGACACCACCGAUAGAUUUUGCGGCAAUGGGUUUCAAACAAAACAAAGCAGCUCAAAGCCAUUUGUACUUUACGUUGUAACAAAUCAAGAUCCAAACGAAAAUCAAGCCGCGACUGACGAUUUUGUAGAACGCGACUUCGCUAAUCGAGGAUUCGUUUUAAAGUACCGUCAAUUGGCGUGUGCAGUAUAAAAUUUAAUUAUUUUUUUUUUCUAAGUAUCUAAUUAAUUAAUUAAAAUAAAAUAGAUAUUCGAAUAAUCAAAUGUAGAAUUUAAUUAAAUAAAUUUAUUAAUUAUUAUUUUA